AUGUCGAAUCUGUAUAAUAGAAAGCUUGAACAAUUUCAAGCAAAACUUCAACAAAAUCUAGAUUUGGCAGAUGAAGAAAUCGAUCGUCUUACGCAAUAUUUGCAAUCUGUUAAACUCGAAAUUAUUGAUACAUCCGACCAAAUUCAUCGCUAUGAAACUCAAUACAUCCAAAAUAAACAAGAAAAAUCUGGUUUUCAGCUUAAAAUGAUUAGUAAAAAGAACGCAAGUUUAGCAAAAAUGGAAGCAGAACAUCAAAAUUCAGUUGUUGAGCUAAGAAAGGACCAUAUUAAGAAAAUGAAUAGCUUACGCGAAGACUUUGAUAAAUCUAUGACAGAUAUUAACUCACAAGGCGAAAAUGUUAAUGAUAAAGAACUUCAACAAUACGAUCUUGAAAUCAAACGACUCGAAGCAAAAAUCAAUAGAACAUCUACUCGAAUUAGUGGUAUUUCUUCCGAAAAUGUUGAUGACGAUGGAGAUCAAACCUCAGAUCAAUUAAAUGACGAAGAAGCUACAUAUCUAAAGCAUUCACUCGAUCUUCAGAAACAGAAAAUUAAAUAUUUACAAGGAAAUAUCAAGCAGAGAGAUAGCGAAAGGCUUGAGGCUCUUCAAGAGGCAAAAGAUCAACUUAAUCAUGCGGUUUCAACACUUGAAAGCCUUGAAGCACAGUACCUUGCAAAGAUGAACAAUUAUAAAGAAUCUUUAGAGAACAUGGACAAGCAAUAUCACAAAAGUAUUUCAAAUUUAGAAAAAGGACAACAAAAAACAAUAAUUCAGGUCAAAAAGAAGUUAGUCAAAUAUAACCAAAGGAUUUCUGAAUUGAGAAAGAAUAUUAAAAAGACAGAAGAAUCUCAACAACGCAAAAUUUCUGAAAUGACUGAAAAACGUAACAAUUUUAUUGCCCAAUACACACAAAUUGCAAACAAGACAAUAGAAAUGCCAAAUACAGAAGAAACACAUGAAGUUGAAAGACAAUUGGACAAUCUCAAAGUACUUUUAACACAAAAAGAAACAGAAUUAGAUUCAGCAAGAGCAGAAAAUCAAAACUUAAAGCGAGAAAUAGGAAGAAUUAACCAUGAAAAUAAAAUGGCCAAACGAAGAGCAGCUUUAGGCCUUCAAUAA